UUUGCAUUACUCUCUGCGCACACUUGCCUACCACUUCCACUAUUGAUCCCUCAGCAAUUCAAACACACCAUGUCUAGCAACCAGUACUACGAUGAGGAGACCGAGACAGCCUUGGAGAAGGUCAAGCGCCUGUUCAAAGAGAACAAGGUCGUCUCUGCAGGUGUCGGACUGACUAUCGCUGCAUUCAUCGGAGCCAGCUAUGGUGUUAGGACAGGUCGCCGUGAGUUUGCGCAACACAUGUUCCGGGCCCGUGUCGGUUUCCAGUUUUUCACCAUCGCUGCGCUGCUGGGAGGAGGCAUGUUCUAUGACAAGAAGCGCAAGGAGGAGCGCCUGGCUCUCGAGCAGACCCGUAUCGCACUUGAGGACGAGCAGAAGAACGUCUAAGCAGCAGAGGAAAAAAGAACGCGCACCACCGCAUCCCAUUGCAAAGAUGAGAGAGCCUCGGACUAGUCGGGAAUAUAGUCGACCAACGUAGUUCUGUAAUUUAUCGCUGUAUACAUAAAAACAGGAGCGCAACAGUCGCUUCGUAACCGAA